AUGCGUAGGCGAUCGCGAUCUGUAGAUCACGUGGUCUUUGAUCCCGAGAUAGAAGCCACAGCUAGGGGACUCAAUGCUGAGAGAAGAAAGAGGGACCAGGAAAAUAUUCAGAGAGCACCAAUGGCUCGUCCUCUUCGAGAAUAUAAUAUACCAGAUGUCACAUCUACAUCUAGCAUUGCCAGGCCUACUAUCAAUGGAGCCUCCGAUGAAGCUCUUCGCCUCCGCUUGUUCCCUUACUCCUUGCGGGACAUAGCAAAAGAAUGGUUGAAAAGUCAUGAAGCGAACAAGUUCACAAAUUGGAAUGAAUUAGCCAUUGCUUUUUGUCAGAAGUACAAGGAUUUACAAAGGCAGUGUCCUCAUCAUGAGAUUCCAACAUGGCUCCUUAUCCAGACAUUCUAUAACGGGUUGGCUCAUGAGGUUCGAAUUUCUAUUGAUGCUGCAGCAGGGGGUGCUCUCAUGGGUAAGACAGCUGCUCAAGCCCAGGCAUUGUUCGAGGAGAUGACCGCCAAUAGCUACCAUUGGUCUAGUGAACGAUCUACAUCUAAGAAGGGCAGCAAGUAUGAGGUCGAUGCCAUAACUUCACUCUCUAGUAAGGUUGAUGCUUUGUCUCAACAAAUCAAGAAUAUAUCAGUUGGUGCUAAUGCCGAGAUGAAUGCUUUACAGGGGAACAAUGCAAAUUCCAUACCUAGAAAUGAUCCUUACUCGAAUACUUUCAAUCCUGGUUGGAGGAAUCAUGAGAACUUCUCUUGGAGCAACAAUCAACCUCAAGCACCACAUAAUUCCAACCCCCCUGGGUUUCAGCAGAGACAACAAGGUCCACCCUCUCAACAACCCCCUCAAAAGUCAUAUAUUGGUUCAUUGCUAGAAAGACUCGUAGCAAUCUCCGAGGAAACGAACAAGAAGUUUGAUAGGAUUGAUGCUAACAACAAGAUAGUUGACACCCAAAUUGCACAUCUAGCCCAACAAAUGUCACAUGUGACUCAACAGGUAACCCAGCUUCAGAAGGCACCUCCUCAAUUUCCAGGGCAGCCAGAACCAAAUCCUAAGAAUCAUCACAAUGUAAGUGCAAUCACUUUGAGGUGUGGAAAGACUUUAGAGGAACCAAUGAAACCUAUUGUGACAUCAUCGAUAGUUAAUAAAGAUGACAUUACUGAAGAGGUUGAGAAAGCUCCAUCAAAGCCUGCUAGAGUUUAUGUAGAGUCGGCUCCUUUCCCCCAUCGAUUGGCAAAGACUAGAAUAGAGAAGAAGUACGGGAAGUUUAUUGAGUUAUUGAAAUAUGUUCAUUUUAAAAUCCCAUUCCUUGAGGCCAUUUGCGAAAUUCCUGCCAAUGCUAAGUCCUUGAAGCAACUUCUGGCUAAGAAGAAGAAAAUUUGUGAAGCUACUACAGUGGAGCUUUCCGAGGAGUGUAGUGCCAUUCUUCUUAAUACACUCCCUCCAAAGCUCAAUGAUCCUCAAAACUUCACUAUUCCAUGUUCUAUUGGGGAUGUAACUAUUCAAAGGGCACUUUGUGAUCUUGGAGCGAGCGUAAGUCUCAUGCCUAAUGUUAUCUUCAAAAAGCUCAAUUUUGGUGAUCUUCGUCCUACUUGUGUCUCCCUGCAACUAGCAGACCGAUCUAUACGAUAUCCUUUGGGUGUUUUAGAGGAUGUACCCCUCCAAGUUGGCAAGUUAACUAUUCCAUGUGAUUUCUUUGUUAUGGAGAUGCCAGAAGAUGCGCGCACCCCAAUCAUACUCGGUAGACCAUGUCUUGCUACUGCUGGAGCUCUGAUUGAUGUGAAACACGGUAAGCUUUAA